CUUAUCGUCCCCGCUUCCAGCUGACCCGCAUUCACCAGCGCUAUACAGACACGGGACAGCAACCGAGCGCGGCGAACUAGUCAACAACACCGUGGAGUUUCCUCCCCCACGUACACCGUGACCGUGAAAUUCCGGCAGUCCCGGGAUGGCAGGUCGCUGCUGUCGCCUCUUUUCGCUCUUGACAGCGCGCUGACAGAGGAAGCAGUCUCCCCCAGGAGCUUCAGGCGAACCGGCUGCAGCUGACCGGAAUUACACUGUAGCGUUCACUUGUUUCUCUUUUCUUUAAUUUGCCGCUCCCGGUGACAUGUUUUAUGUCGACUCUGCUUGAGGUGCUUUUCUAUCCGGAGUGGACUACACCGCUACAAAGUGAAACAGAGAGAGAGAGAGAGAGAGAGGCGCCUCGCAGUCAGUCACGGCGGUGCAAGGUGGACAUCCUGAGACAACCGAUCAGUUCUAGUCAAAAGGCAGAGCCGUGAAUCAAGUCUUUAUCCUCAAUGGACCCAGACAAAUGCAGCUGCAAAUUCUAAAAACUGACAGUAGCACCUUUUUUUUUUUCUACCUCCAACGAUCAUCCCAAAAUCUUGCCAGAGAAAACUCUUGUGCUCUCUAUCUCACAGGACUCUAGAAGUCUUCUCUAUUUUACUCAGGUCUUUUUUCCCAAUGCCUACCUCCUCCACUAAAACACUGAACUCAGAGACAACCUGUUUUACCUUCUAAACUCUUCAAACUGAUGAAGAGCAUUGACUUAAGACCUCAAACUUCCUGUAAGCUACAAAACAGCCACACUGAUCACUGAUAGCCUGGUCCAGUGGAAAUUAUUCAAACUGGAAGACGGACAAUAGCUACUUCAGCCUCUCAUCGUCCACUUGUUGAAUCUGGCCGAAAGCUAUAUACCUCAGUUAUUAUUGUCUGGAAGACAUUUGUGUGCAGAAAACACAAGGCGACAAUCAUUGACGGAAUUGAUCCAGCAGACAGGAGUUAAUAUCCAAGCAAGAUGCAAGCUACAAAGUAGGGAAGCAGCGCUGGUGUCUUUCAUUUGCUUUGGGGAUAAAAAAUAUAACCAGGGAGAAAAGCUGAGUACUGCCUUGGAGAAAACAUAACUUCAUGUUUCCCAGCACAAAAGCCAGACUAUCUAAGCUAUCUAAAUACACCAGCAAAAAACACAGGGGGCUUUCAGUGAGCUUAUUUUUACACCUAAAGCCUCCAAGCAGCAGAAGAAGGUCUUGAAAACUUCACCAGCUGUUUCUGUGCUGCAAUCGAGACACAAAGAAACUUCCUGGGAGUUCAAAUGCAAAUAAUCUUCACAGGUGGCAGAAGAGGCACAGAAGAACUGAGCAAGUGAAGAAGGAUGUAAUGCUCUCCGUCCGACUCGCCGUGCUCCCGUCCCGCGGUUCCCGUUCACGGAUUCCUCUGGUUGGAUGUUGAGAAGGCUGCCGGCGAAUGCUGAGCAGGUCGACCUGUCUGAGGUACGCCUCCCGGCUCUGCGAUUGGUCGCUGGAUGCUACUGGAGUUGAACGGCAACGAUGUUCGACAAGCAGGAGAGCAAUUCAUCUGAGAGCGAUGAGAAAGGAUGGCCAGAUGUGCCGAAGAGAAAGAGGAAAAACAGCCAGUGCUCCCUGAAGAGCAUGUCUGCUCUUAGCGUCUCUGUUCCAGGGUACAUCCCCAGCUACCUGGAGAAGGACGAGCCGUGCGUGGUGUGUGGGGACAAGGCCACCGGCUACCACUACCGCUGCAUAACCUGCGAAGGCUGCAAGGGUUUCUUCCGCAGGACAAUCCAGAAAAAUCUCCAUCCUUCUUACACCUGUAAAUAUGAAGGCUGCUGCAUCAUUGACAAGAUCACCCGCAAUCAGUGCCAGCUGUGCAGAUUCAAGAAGUGCAUCUCUGUGGGCAUGGCCAUGGACUUGGUGCUGGACGACAGCAAGCGCGUGGCCAAGCGGCGCCUCAUCGAAGAGAACCGAGAGCGGAGGAAGCGGGAAGAGAUGGUGCGGACGCUGCAGAUGAGGCCGGAGCCAGACAGCGCAGAGUGGGAGCUGAUUAGGAUGGUGACUGAGGCGCACCGGCACACCAACGCCCAGGGCUCCAGCUGGAAACAGAAGCGCAAAUUUCUGGCGGACGACAUCGGCCACGGUCAGCUGAUGCUCACUUCAGACGGAGAUAAGGUCGACCUGGAGGUCUUCAGUGAGUUCACCAAGAUCAUGACCCCUGCCAUCACGCGCGUUGUUGACUUUGCCAAGAAACUGCCCAUGUUUUCAGAGCUGCCUUGUGAAGACCAGAUCAUCCUACUGAAGGGUUGCUGCAUGGAGAUCAUGUCACUGCGCGCCGCCGUGCGCUACGACCCCGAAAGCGAAACGUUGACGCUAAGCGGCGAGAUGGCCGUAAAACGCGAGCACUUGAAAAACGGCGGGCUUGGAGUUGUUUCGGACGCCAUAUUUGACCUGGGCAAAAGCCUGGCACAGUUCAACUUGGACGACUCUGAGGUGGCACUGAUGCAAGCGGUGCUGCUCAUGAGUUCAGAUCGGUCGGGUCUGAUGAGCAUGGAGAAGAUCGAGCGGUGCCAGGAGGCCUUCCUGCUGGCGUUCGAGCACUACAUCAACUACCGAAAGCACAACAUUCCCCACUUCUGGCCAAAGCUCUUGAUGAAGGUCACGGACCUGCGGAUGAUCGGCGCCUGCCACGCCAGUCGCUUCCUCCACAUGAAGGUCGAGUGUCCAAACGAACUCUUCCCCCCACUCUUCCUGGAAGUCUUCGAGGACCAGGAAGUGUGACAUCGCGCCCUGCCGCUUCGGGUUUGGCAGUAAAGGAAGUAUCGGCCAUGGAUGAACAUUAUAGGAAAGACUGGAUUUUGUUUUCAUUUGUGAGAACGUGCCCUGUACAUUUUUCUGUUUAUUUGCCCAUUUCUGUCAAACACAAGACUUGACUUUCUGCCACCAGCAAAAUCUCAUCAGCAUCAUGAAACAGAACCCCAGGUGUUCUACAGCUGGUAGUUUUUCAACACUAUGCCAUAAACCUGCAUCUAUAUGCAAAUCCAAAUUGCAUCUAUGAGGAGGGCUGGACUGGUGCCACACCUAAUACAAACUGAGGGGCUUUGCUAGCGGCACACCUUAGUGAAAUCUCAAGCACACGUCUUCGAGGGUUUUUUCUUGUCCUGGACCUGACAACUGGCACUUCUGACAAUCCCAGCAACCAUCUCGCUGAACUCCCACCUCCCCAAUAUCUCCAAGAGCAAAAGCUUCCACUUUCAAUCCACUGUGGCCCUGAGAGUGUUCGUCAACCUACCUCCGUCACACAAACCUUCACACUGAGAAACACACUCACAGAAUGUAUGUGCACAAAAAAAACCACCCCAACACUGUUACCUCAUUUCUUGUCAAAUGUAUUUCUUUAUUUAUAUUUGGUGGGGAGGGAGGGGCCAGAUGUAGUUCAGUUAGAGGAUAUGGAGCCAUGCACCCCACAGUUACCCAUAUGCUACUGGCAACUGCUGAGAGAACAACUUUGUGUAAAACACUAAUCUACAAAGCAUUAUUUGUACUACAAGUCUUAUAGCCGAGGACACUACAGCAAUCACCGUGCGUCACUAGAUGUGAUGAACAUCACAGUGCAUUCUGUAAGCACUAAACUGUGAGUAUGUAUGGAGUCAGUCUUGGCAAAUAAAGCUUUUUGAAUAGCGAACAGCUGCAAAGUGCAGAAACUCAACAUCGCUGUUCACAACUCCUUCCUCUGUUCUCUGAUCGGCCCUGUUGUAAUUCACCCUGAGAAAUCAAAGCCAAUGGGAGAAAUCUCUGAGUGGAGAUGAGAAUUGAGCGGAAAUGAGUAGGAAGCCAACAGCCAGUCUGGUGCUUCUUCGGUCUUUUGGGCUUUACUUGCAAAGGUUCUCGGAUCAUAGUUACAUAUUUUUAGGGGUACGAACAAAUUUGUCUAUAUCUGUAUAUUCCAAUUGGCAAAAUUUAGGAUUUCCAAGCAAAUAAUCUGAAUAAAUAUUGGGCCUAUUUGUCUUAGACGUUUGAGAUCUAGCUCCUUUAUUCUCAUCGAUGAAAUAUUUAAACAAUCACAAUAACCCAUGGAGAGCUUUGUCUUUUUUUCUACACAUUUCUAUGUGGUAAUUACAGCUUAUGUGUGACUUUUGUUAGUAAUUUUGAUAACUUUCUCACUUUGGCUGUUUUUAGUUAAUUUUUAAGAUUUUAUCGAAUUUUAUUGACACAAAUCUCGUUCCAUUAUUUAUUAUCACAGUCAGGCUGUCUGUCGUGUUCCAGUAAAGAAAUAUGUAAAAUUAAUUAAUUAAUAUGCAAUUUUUUCCCCCAACUUCAAAACAUAGCACAGUGCUUUGAACACAUUAUUAUAACCAUCAUUAUUAUUAUUAUUAUAUGUUUUUAGAAGAAGCCAAGAAUUGAUCAAUUUAUACAUAGCUUCAUAAAGAACUACUAAAGCUUCACUAGUUGGUUGUGAAGUAGCUAUGGUUACAAUGAUUGUCUGCUGAUUUCCAACGUGACUGAUUAGCAGAUGUUAGCUGUUUUGCUAAUAUUUCCUGCAGUGUGGUCUUCAGGUCAUUACUUACAGCUCUGACUAGAUUUCUCGAGCUCUGUUUCCAAAAGAACGUUUGUAACAAAUAUACUUCAGCUGUAAAUUUAAAUGCCUUUUAAGUUCCGGAGCACUGAAUUAUUUCACCGAGCAGCUGAAACCCAGUUUUUCAGUUUGGCAAGACUACAGGGCGACUAUCCAUGAGUAGCUGAACUCUGCAAAUACUGAAGACCCCCUCUAAAAAUGCAAAAUACUCCCUAUUUUAACAGUUCAAACACAAAACUUGCCUUAAUAUGUAUUAUUACACGCUGUAAAAACCAUCUUAGCCCUGCUGCAGAAGCUAGCUCUGCCGUUAGCUUUGCAAAUAUUGAUACAAAACAACCAGCAAUGAUUUAUACUGAUCAGUAAAAUGCCCUGAAAGGUCAAAUUGAUAAAAUAUUUUUUGAUUAUAAGAAAUAAAGAAACUAUAGAAGAUUUGACCACAUCUAUCUAUGAGUUAUCUUCAGUAUUGAUGAAAAUACUUAAUUAUAAUAAAACAUAAGCUCGUACAUGAAGGCUUAAGGUACAUUCCUAUGACAUUGCUUAUUUAUAGUUAAUAAACAGAAGUAGGGGAGGCAGUGGGAACGGAAUAGGGAUGAAUUGGUGAAUUGGCUCCAAGCUGACUGUGCAGUUGCAUAAUUUUUUUAAUAAAUGAAGGAAAAAAAUAACUGCUUAAAAAAAAUUAAUCUGGAUUUGUGCACCAUUCAAUUCAAAGAGACUUUAUUGAUCCCAAAGGGAAAUGAAAUGUUAUUUUAACUUAUAUUCAUUCAAAUUCUUCAAAGAGUUAUUGUAGAUUGUGAUGGCUGCUGGCAGGAAGGUUCUCCUGUAGCAGUCUGUAUUACAGCAAAUUUGAAGAAGCCUCUGACUAAAGACACUGUUUAUCGAAGACACUCUCGUGGCCUAAAUUAAAACUCUACCAGCCCCAGAUUUAAAUCUUGCAAAUGACCCAAGCAUGUAGCACUCAGCUUUUUUUCCUUUUCUUUGGCAGGCAGAAAUGAGAUACUAGACCUUUAAUCAUCUUUGGAAAACUUCUAGAUCAAAUCAUAGAGGAUUGGGUCGCUGUUCCCCAUCAACUCAUUGUCCUUCUGAACUUCAGCCUUUACACUGACAGUUAUUUUGUCCUCGUAGUGUAAUGUCUAAGUCAGUGUGUUUACAGAAAGCACUUUUUUAUUCAAAACAUCUAAAAGCUCUUCAGCCAUUUCCAGCCUACACAGGGUGUCUGCAUAUACACACCCAACUCAGACCUCCUGAUUCAUUACCUCACAGACUCACAUUCACUUGUCAGAUGCUUUUACUUUUUCUCAUUGGUUUCUCUUUUUAUUUUUUUUAUCCCUUUCUGAUAAGUUGUGGGAAGCAGCCUUCAGUCUCAGUGUGUUCUCAUCUUGAACCCCCCUGACCCGUUUCCUCCCGGUGGAGGGACCUGUUGCACCCCUUCAUCCCCCCAACCAACCCCUCCACCUGUAACUGCCUGAAACCAACAGACUCUACCUCACCUCUCAUCUCCAUGGAGCCGCCUCCAGGAACCCAACACGAGCACAACCGCCAAUCUAACACACCAACGCAGUGACAAGCUGUACAUCCCCCACUGUGAACGGAUACGUCAGCAGCGUCUGUCAUUUUCACCUGGUUUUGUUUUUCUAACUGCCCACAUGGGACCAAGAGUUGCUCUGAGUUCAGGUUUUUCUUUCAGAACCUGAGCUUGACGGCGGCCCGGCAGGUGAAUUAGUGACGGUAAAUGAAUGAACUUCGAAGAGACCGUGACAGUGCUCCGGCGGGUGGAGCCGUUUCGGCCCCGGUCGGGUCAGGACUCUGGCGGGUGACUCAGCAGUUUUGGAAAGCACAUGAUGGACUAAAUAAAUUCCUCCCUGGAGAAACGAACACCCAGACCUCAGAGACCUGCAGGGAGAGAAACUCUGUCAACCACGACUCCAGCUGCCAUCCACUACUAAAAAAAAAAGAAAAGACGAAUCAGGUUCCUUUUUUGCACUAAAACCACGCUGUCUGUAUCCUGAACCGGUCUGGACACUUUUCCUCUCCGUCUCGUCCUCCUGCUGUUUUCAUCUUUCACUCCAUCUGUUGAUUCUGGAAGGUGAGGCUCGGAGCGCGGCCGUCAGGGAUCGCUGCUCACUGGCUGAGUUUCCAUGGUUGAUAUUCUGCUGAUGUCAGGGGGGAAAACACAAUUUCGCAAUUGAUGUGUUUCCAUGAAAAAAGGAAUGACAUAAAAUCACAUGUGAAUUAAAACGCGACGAGUCAUUAAAAAUCAUGUCAGGAUGGAUGUAAACAGCUACAUGGGAUUCAUAGCGCUCAUCAUCUAUCCGCCGAGACGUCGACGUUUUAUUCCGACGUUGGAGCGACAAGCCCCGCCUAUGCGGCCCACUACCCCGCAUAGGUAGUGGAGCAGCUACCUAUGCUGCGGUUUGGGGAAAAGAAACCAUCAUCCUCCUUCCACUUCCUGUCUUCUUCUUCGUCGUUUUCGCCAGUAGUAAGGUUGUUGAUCACGUGACUUGUGUGAUGCUGAGAAUAAAUGUUUCAUUUGAAGUUUUGCAGAAUACACAAAGUUAGAUACGGCCGAAAAAUCAUCUUACCUUGUCGCAAAAACCUUUUGUCAAAAAAACGUUGUUUUUUUGUUUGUUUGUUUUUUUCAAAUCUGUGGUGGUCACAUUAAGCUAAUUGCUUUCCGUCAUUUCAAUUUGCGCAGUUUUACGGUUAAUGAAACGCAGCUGGUGUUACUAAACUAUGUUGUGGAUUAUUUAACAUGCACACGCAAACACACACACACACACACAGAAAACGAUAAGGAUGAUGGAGUUGUACGGACCCACACCGCCUUGGUAUCGCUGUGAGUGAACACCGUCACACACACACAAAGACAGCUGCCCUGUCGCUCAUUCCGAUAUGUUCAUGUGCCUCACAUGGGUGUAUCGUUAUACUUCGUAGUGCUUGCAGAAAUAUUCAUACAUCUAACUCUUUCACAAUUUUGUUGCAUUACAACCACAAACAUUAAUGUAUUUCACUGGGAUUUCAUGUGACCAGCACCAAGUUUCACAUGAUGGAGGUGAAAGUCUUAAAUCUUUUGAAAAAUAGGGAAAAGUUGCACCUAUUUGAAAAUUUAGGGAAAUACCAAUAUUCAGUAUUUAUAUUGCUGUCAUAGCUGAUAUUUACCUAUAUUAUAUGUUUCACUUCUCCUUCAACACCUUAAAAAAACACAGCUGACUUCACCACCAAACUACCCACAAUCCUUUGCUGCAUCACUGCCACAUGACCAGACUAACAUUACACCAGCAACGUCAACCCCUCCCGCUCCAAAGAUAAAUGGCAACAAGAUAGAAAUUAAUAUUGGUUGUUAAUAUCGGCCCAGCUGUGUUUAUCUGUCCAAUACAUGAUUUUAAAGAAUCACCGGUAUCUACCGAUACCGGUUUUAGUGCUGAUGUAUCGUGCAUGCCAACUCAAAAGUUUACUUUGACAUCCCUAAGUAAUGUCCAGAACACCAGAAGUGUGUAAUAAAAAAAAACAGUUUGCUCAGAAACAUGGCGGUGGUAGCAUCAUACUGUGGGAAUGCAGACAAAGAAGCCUUUUCAAGAGAAACUAUAUGGAAAAUGAUUAACUAUGCACUAUUACCUGCCAGUCUGUUGCUAAACAAACACAUCCCCACAGCAUGAUGCUGCCACCACUGUUAUUUACCAUGGAACCAUUCCAUUUGUGUUGGUCUGGACAAUAAACUCCCAGUAAAGUACAUUAGAAGUUUUUGGUUGCAAUAUGACAACAUGGGACAAAGUAAAAAAAUAAAAAAGUAUGAAUGCUUUUGCUGUGGACUUUAUGUAGUAUACAUAUAAAUAUCUGUAAAUAUUUAAAGUAUAUAUACAUAUAUAUUUCUAUGCACUCAGGCCCAUUCAGAUCAUUUCACCAGGUGACAGAGUCUGGAUGAAAAUCAGCAGCGUUUCUCUCCGGCUGACAUGACGCUGCUUGUUUGACUCGUGGCGAUUACCAAGUAACCUUCUCAGUCCUCCGACCUUUGAGCUCGCCUGCAGGUUGAGCCAGCUCUCUCUCCUCUCUUUUUUUUUCUGUUCUUUUUGCUGAGGUCGAGGGUCAGCGUUCCCCGUCGGUGACGUAGAUGCGAGCUGGCGGCUCCAAACGGUCGGCGGAGGAAAACCACGGCGGCACUCGUUUAUCUGCUCCAGGAUCUCUGGAGUCGUUCCGGCGGCUGCAGCUUUAGAAGCCAGCUCCGUUUUUAAUUUGACAGAAAAGUGAUCAUUCACUCCAACCCAAGGACGACUUUGCAACCUUUAAAUCGAAGCCGCAGAAUAAGUCGGGUGUUUGGUUGUUUUUUGUUUCGUUUUUUCACUUUGUAAAGGGAGAAUCGUGAUUUCUCUCCCUUUGUGUUUACAGUCGUCCAAACUGUGAAUCGGAUGCUAAUCUCUGCCACUGUACCAAACCGUAACAGCUGAGUCUCCUCCUGACUUACCCAGGAGAAACGGCUCUAGCUGCGUCUGUCCUGCACCGUCCUCUUGACCUCCUGACCUCUGUCUCUCUGUUCCUGCCUGUUCUGCACCCAGAAUCCCACCCCGCUCCUCGGAGCUCUCACCGGUGGAGGAAGAUGUGUCAAUCCCUGCAGGAGUGUGUCUCCAUGUGGAAUGUAAAAUACUGCAAUAUUGUGAUUAAAGACACAUUGUGAAAUCUUCA